AAGCUACCCGUCAGAUUCAGUGAGUUCCGUCAAUCAGCAUGAAGAGAUUGAUAAUCUUGUUCUCUGUCGUCUGCGCUGUGCAGAUGGUAACAGCAAUGUACAUUGAUAAGAAGAAUGCAGAGGAAAAGUCAAUGAAUAAAAGAGAGAAAAUUUUGGAGCUGCUAAGGCUUCUUAAGAGGAACUUUCCUUCAGACGACAGCAAGAAAGCCACAGAAGAAGGAAUUUCAUUCAAACUAGCAACACAAGAGGAAGCGAAAACAGAAUUGAACAGACGAGGAAACUCCGCAAGAUUAAUGGAUGGCAGGGAAAUUAAACCUGCUGAUAUGGCACCGGCGCAUUCCGUGGAGAAGAAGGCGCUGUCUACAGAGGCACAGGAGUUCUUAGACUCUCACAACGCCAAGCGGCGGAUCGUCAGUCCCACAGCAACAAACAUGAAAGAAAUGCUUUGGAGCACAGACCUUGAAAACCUUGCCAGAAGUUACGCCCAAAAAUGCAUCUUUGCUCACAACCAACAAAGAUCCGAUGGAAUGCCAUAUUAUGUUGGCGAAAAUCUGUAUGUUAACUCAGGGAAUAUAUCACCCGAUACUGCAGUGACAAGCUGGGACAACGAGAAGAACGACUACUCAUUCGCCAACAACUACUGUGAUCCCAACAGCGAUUGGGGGUGUGGCCACUAUACCCAGGUUGUCUGGGCAAAUUCUGAAUACGUUGGAUGUGCUAAACAAUAUUGCAACUCUGUUACGAAUUUUGGAAGAGGAUAUUUGGUUGUAUGCAACUAUGGCCCUGGAGGCAAUGUAAAUGGAGGGAGACCCUAUUCCAGUGGAACAACGUGUAGUAGUUGUCCGUCUGGAUACAAAUGUUCCAACAAACUGUGCAGCAAAUCUGGUGGAUCAGGUGGCACAGGGACCAACCCCUGUUCAACAAAUCCAUGCAAAAAUGGCGGCACUUGCAGUUCCAGUUCCGGGACCGCAGUUUGUCAAUGUACGAGUGGAUGGACCGGAAGCACGUGUGAGACACAAGAGUCCUCUAACUGUUCCCCUAACCCGUGUCAGAAUGGUGGUACCUGCUCAGACAUUGGUUCUACGUAUAGUUGUCAGUGUACAUCGUCUUGGUCGGGUUCUACAUGCCAGACACCGGCUACACAAACUAACAGCGAUAUGUGUGGUUUUGAAACCUCAAUGUGUCUCACUAACUACAACGAUAACGAUGUCGAUUUUAAAAGGUAUAACUCUUUUAAUAUGAAUGGCGUGAUGGUACGAGCACCAGAAGGGAAUGUAUUUGCUGCAGCUUUUGCCGGGUACACAGCUAACACACAGUAUGCUUACCUGUUUUCAAAUUACCUUCCAGAUAAAGCCAUCAAAGUGACAUUCCAGUAUAGGACAGUGGGAGCUGCCAGGAUUUCCUUUGUGUACAAACAGGACGGGAAGGAUUAUACAAGGCCUUUUUCAUAUUAUAACAGCAAUGGUUCCUGGCAAACCUGGAGCGUGAGCAUACCCGCCGGGAAAAACACAUACUUUUACUUCCAAGCUGAUCUGAGCUCAUACUCCUUGGUUGGCAUUGACGAUGUCAAGAUAGAAUACUGAAGGCGACAUUGUGACAAGAGAUCCUUUACAUAGAAGACGGAUAUAAAGAAAUUCAAUAACUUCAUUCAUAUGUAUAUGACUUUCUUUAGAAAUUGAAAUUGUCUGUAAAAUAAUAUUCAUCCAGAUUUUUAAUGUUAAUAAAAUAUGCUUGCUCAUUGCUCUGUA